AUGAAACCAAGACGCCUAUUAAAGCAUUAUAGAAACCACAGGGACUUGAUCCUCAGGUCCUCAUAUGUGAUUGUCCUAGCUUUAUCGGUGGUAGAAGGUGGCGGAGGCGACGGAAAGAAAAAGACAAAAAAAACAUCUUCAGCAGCCACUCCAAAGCUCAGUUGGAAAAAAUAUCUUCAAUUCAUCAGUGAUACAAUAUGCAUAGACAGGAAAACGCCCAUCCUGUUGGGAUCCCAAGUUCUUUUGCUUAUUAUCAGGGCAGUCAUUUCCCUCAAGAUUGCAUCCCUGGACGGAAAACUGGUUGCAAACUUGGUAUCGUCCAAAUUCAAUAAGUUUUUGAAACUGUUGGUGUUGUGGAUGGUAAUUGGAAUUCCAGCUUCAUUUAUAAAUUCUUCUUUGAAUUUCCUUCAACAUUAUAUCAAGCUGAUUAUCAGAAACAAUCUUACCAAUAAGCUCAUCAACAAAUAUCUUCCGGUUUCCGGAGAUAAUACCACUAUUUAUAAGCUCAUGAAUUCUGCACAAAUUCACGAUCCUAAUCAACGAGUGACCACGAACAUUGAACAGCUCUCUGAUUCAUUGGCCAAAAUAUUCCCUCAGCUACUAAAGCCCUCACUGGACGUCUUGUUAUGCGCUUAUCAGCUAUCGAAAACAGCCCCCAACAGCAAUACAGCCGAGGGAGUGCUUAUCCUAGGACUCGUGGUGCAUUUUACCACGAUUUUGUUGAAGAAAUUCCAGCCCAACUUUACUCGGCUUUCUAUCCAGUCAAAUGAUCUGGAGAACAACUUUCACAUUUACCAUUCCAAAGUGAUAGAGAAUAACGAGCAGUUGGCCCUAUCAAAAUCCUACAACUUGGAAUUGAACGUAUUGGAUAAAGCGUUCUUUGAACUGGCCCUUUUCAAGCGACUUGAAUUUAGGAGAUUUGCUGUUUACGACACGAUGAUGACAUUCAUCGUUAAAUACACUUGGGGUGCUGCAGGUCUUUUGCUUUGUUCUCUGCCUAUAUUUGUCCAAUCCCAAUUCAAAGAGAUCAAUGACCACCUAAUCAACGAAUUCACAUCAUCCUUUAUCACUAACAGAAGACUGUUGUUAACAGGAAGUGAUUCUUUAGGUAAGAUCAUUCAGUCAAAAAAGAACCUUCAAAACUUGCGUGGCUACGUCAUGAAAACCUUGGAAUUUGAAGAGGAGCUGAACGAAAUCAAUGCAUCCCAAACCGUUGUGAAGUCAGAAAAUAUAACUUAUAAUGACACCGAGGAAAUUAUCUUUGAUAACGUCCCUCUUGUCACUCCGUCAGGUCAAACACUUGUCCAGAACCUUAGUUUCCAUAUCAAAAAAGGGGAUCACCUUUUGAUAAUUGGCCCUAAUGGCGCUGGAAAGUCUUCUUUUUUUAGAAUCCUUGGUGGAUUGUGGCCUGUUGUUCCACCUGGAAAACUUGGCAUCCCCAAUGAGGAUCCUGUCAGAAAGAAUUUCUUUUAUCUUCCUCAGAAACCAUAUUUUACCAUUGGAACCUUGAAAGAACAGAUUGUGUAUCCUGAUUCUGUUGAAGGCUGCGAGGUAACAGAUGAAGAACUAUACAAGCUGCUUGAGCUUACUAAAUUGGAGUACCUUGCAACAGAUUGCGAAGAAUUACUACAACAUGACAUCGAUACGUUGACUGCAGAUCACGGUAAACCUGAUGAACUGAGGCAGCUACCCAUGUCACCAUUUGAUUAUGUACGGAACUGGUCUGAUCUUCUUUCCAUAGGGGAGCAGCAAAGACUGGCAUUGUGCCGAUUGUAUUAUCAAAGACCUAAGUUUGCUAUUCUGGACGAGUGCACUUCGUCUAUUUCGGCAGAUUUGGAACAAGAUUGUUACAAAUAUGCCAUUGAAGAACUUGGCAUAACAGUACUCUCGGUGUGCCAUAGAACCACUUUGUGGAAAUUUCACUCUCAUUUGUUGCAGUUCAAGGUGAAGGAUAACAUUACUACUACCAGCUUCCACAAAUUCAGUCCGGAGGAAAGAUUAUUGAAACAUGAAGAAUUGGUUCUAUUGGACAGUAAAUUGGCCGAGAAGCAGGAAUUAGAGCAAAGAUUGAAGUUUCUUGAACAGUCAACAAAAUCCAGACCGAGAAACAGAAGUAUCCUUUACAUCAGUGAUGAUGAAGAUGAAGAAAUAGAUUGA